AUGGGCGUCGUCUCUUCCUCCGACCACCAGGAAGGGACCAAGAACAGUGUCUUCAAGUCCACCGAAAAGGCCGACGACGAAGAUGACGCAGGCGGGCAAGGACCCCUCGAAGCAAACCACACUGUCUCCGAGCACUCCUCUCUCACGGUCUCCCCCAAGUUCGGCAAACUCACCGCUUCGUUUGGUGAACCCGAUCCUGCCUACGAGAACGCCAUCGCCUCGCACAACCUGCACAACGAGCUGCAUGGCUAUCCGCACUUUAUACUCCGCGAGCACAUGAUUCGCGGCCUGUGGUCGAAGCACGGAUGGAUCAUGACUAUUAUCGGACAGGAGCUCGCCAAGCCCGAGGACCAGCGGCUCAAGUGGCUCAUGUGGCACGAUCGCGACACGGUGCUCAUGAAUCCCCAGAUUCCGCUCGAUAUCUUUGUGCCUCCGGAGCCAGACUUCAGUCACAUCCACAUGCUGGUGACGAAUGACCGGAAUGGGCUGAAUAAUGGGGUUUUCAUGGUGCGGGUAGGGCAGUGGGCGUUUAAGCUUUUUGCGAGUGCGUUGAGUAUCCGGGAGUAUCAGCCCGAGAUUCCAUUGAAGUAUACGGAGCAGAGUGGCAUGGAGGAGGCCAUUAAGCGGCCUUGGUGGGCCAAUAGUGUGGCCUAUGUGCCGCAGCGCUGGUUCAAUGGCUUCCCUCCCGAUCCCGACAUCAAGCACGACCAUACGCUUGCUCAUGCCCGCGAGGGUUCUCUGCUCAUUCACUUUGCAUCCAACCGCGACGGCCUUCGCCCCGAGCGCAUGGCUCACUGGGGCCAGAUUGCAAAGAACCGAACCGCGGAGUGGGAUAGGCCGGCCGAGAAGACGGGGUAUCUGAAGGAGAUUGCGGAGUAUUGGGAGAGAGUGGGCAAAGGGGAGUCCUUUGAGAGGAUCAACAGAGACAUUGGACAUAGAGGUGUAGGCUGGAGUGGAUGA